UAUUAGUGCAAAGUCGACUAUACUGCCGAAAAAUGUUAGAUAUGAAAAUCGAACAACGUGUUAACAUUAAAUUUCUUGUUAAAUUAAAAAAAACUGCCGCAGAAUCAUUUCGUAUGUUAUGUAAAGUUUAUAGUGAAGAAUGUUUAUCAAGAGCUUGCGUUUUUGAAUGGCACAAACGGUUUUGCAAUGGAAGAGAGGACGUGGAAGACGAUGAUCAUUCUGGACGUCCUACCACAUGUUCAACAAACGAAAAAGUUAAAAAAAUCGACAAAAUUAUUCGGCAAGAUCGUCGAUUAAGUGUUAGAGCUGUAGCAGAGAUGGUAAAUAUUGAUGGAGACAGUGUUCGUAAAAUUUUAGUUGAAAAUUUAAAUAUAAAAAAAUUGUAUGCUAAAAUGGACCCUAAAAAUUUGACGAUUGAUCAAAAAUUCAAUCGCAAAGAAAUUUGUUCUGACACCUUAAAAAUUAUCAAAAAUUAUCCAUCUUUUAUAAAUAAUAUCAUUACAUGUGAUGAAACGUGGAUUUUUACAUAUGAUCCUGAAACUAAAAGGCAAUCUAUGCAUUAGAAGACAUCAACUUCCCCAAGAAUGAAGAAAGCACGAAUGAGCAAGUCCAAAUUCAAAGCAAUGCUCAUUGUUUUCUUUGACAUUAAGGGAAUAAUUUUUGUUGAAUGGGUUCCUAAUGGGCAAACUGUCAACCAAUGUUAUUAUAAAGAUGUAUUAAUUAAAUUAAGAGAACGUGUUAGAAAAAAGCGACCAGAUCUGUAGAAGGAUGGCUGGGUUCUUCACCAAAACAAUACUCCAGCUCACAGUACAUUUUCAAUUCAAAGUUUUUUAACUGAAAAAAAUAUUUCUAUACUUCAAUAUCCCCCCUACUUGCCAGACCUUGCUCCUUGUGACUUCUUCUUAUUCCCAAAAAUUAAAAGUUUUUUAAAAGGAACCCAUUUUCAAACGGUUGAUGACGUAAAAAUGAAAACGGCAGAACUUCUAAAAGGGCUAACUGAAAGCGAUUGGCAAUAUUGUUUUCAAGAAUGGCAGCGACGUAUGCAACAGUGUGUUGAUGCUGAGGGAAGGUACUUUGAAGGUGACAAUCAUUAAAUUGUAAAAUUUUUAAAAUAAAUAACUUUUAUUAAAAAAGUCUCGUUAUUUUAUUGUCACACCUCGUACAGUGACACUUAUAAUUGACUUUACGACUUUAAUGAGUUGAUACUUAAUUAAUAUAACAGAUUCAGUGAAAAAAUUAACAAAAGAUUCAGUGAAAGUGAUUCAGUAGAGAGUCGUCCAGGUUUGACCCUAUGAACUAUAUGACUCUUGAACGAGUAGUUGACUACUACUGGCGCGUCGCCUCAGGUGCAGGCGGCCGCCGUAGACCCAAUAAAUUGAAAAGGGCUGAGCAAACAUCAAAUGUUCUAGAAGGACUAGAUGCUUGCCUGGUUAAUACUUUAUAUACAAGACAAAAUAGGGUUCCGUUCCCAUGAUUAAUAUAUACUAUUAAAUUUCACAAUUAUAAUUAAGCAGCAAAA